AUGAUCAUGUACAGGAAAGCUUUUCAUGAGAUAUUCUUCUAUUUUGACGGAUUAAUUGAUUCUGUGGAAUUUUCCUCAAAAGUACGAAAGAAGCAUCUUGAAUGGAAUGUUGAAGUAGCUCUGAAGUGGACAACAAUUUUCUUGAGCUUUGUUACAAUUGGUGGACUCAUCGUUAAUUGCUAUGAUUUAUACGAGACUAAUUUCUCAUCCCCAAUGAGAUUCCUCAUCCCAGGACUCUCCAGGAGUAGCAUCUUCUUCUUUCCUGCAAAUAUAAUUUUCCAAGUAACUCUGUACUUUGCUAUUCUGCACGUGAUUAUGGGAUCCGAUGCUGUAAUUAUGAUCACAAUUUGUUACUUUCGAAGUGAAAACCAGGCUGUUGUGGAGUUUAUUGAGCAGCUCGAUGAAUCAGAAAUUGUGCAAAAGAAUUGCAAUGGUAUCUUUAGAAAUAUAUACGAAGUACAUCAAACAGUAACAUGGAAUAUGAAGAAACUACUUGAGGGUUACUGGCACAUUUACUUCUACAAACUCUUUACCAUCAUCCUGUAUUUGUGUACACUGCUCUUCAUCUUUCAAUCCGUGAAUAUCAGUAUGAUGAUUGUCCUCCUGUGCGCCUUGAUUGUCACAGCACAGAUCUUCAUCCUCUGCUUCUUCGGACAACUCCUCAGGAAUAGUUCAGAAGCCAUUGCAGAAGCACUCUACAUGACCAAGUGGUACGAGAUGGGAAUUGAAGAUCAGAAGAAUCUCUUGCUUUUGCUUCUGAGAUUCCAGAAAGCAGUUAAAAUUGAGGCUUUUGGCUUUGGUACAAUAUCCAUUUAUACUUUUGUCCAGAUUAUAAAAGCAGCAGCUUCUUAUGCGAGUAUUGCUUAUACGAUAUUUAAAUGA